AUACCUCGCCAGCCUUCCUUCAAUUCCAUGCAUAUAUAUAACCCCCCCCCCAAACCGGACGUAUCAUUUUAUAACUCAAACAACCAAACCAACCAAUCAACCUCCACUGCCCUUACUUCUUUCUCCUCUCCUAAAACAUACAAUAUAAUGGAGUUCCUCGCCGGCAAAUCCAUCCUCGUCACCGGCGCAACCGGCUUCCUCGCUAAAGUUCUGGUAGAGAAGAUACUUCGGACUCAACCCAAUAUCAAGAAGCUCUUCCUUCUCAUUAGAGCCUCUGAUUCUCAUUCUGCCCUCAAAAGAUUUCAUACUGAGAUUUUGGACUGUGAACUGUUCAGAGUCUUGAGAGACAAAUACGGCGGCAAGUUCAACGCUCUCGCGGAGGAGAAGGUGUUUCCGGUGGCCGGCGACAUUUCCUCCAAGGAUUUGGGAAUUGAAAAUUCUGAACAAAUCUUGGAAGAAGUUGACUUUAUCAUCAACUCAGCUGCAACUACUGUGUUUGAUGAGAGGUAUGACGUUGCCAUGAGUAUCAACACAUUGGGUGCAAUAAAUGUUCUAAAUUUUGCCAAGAAAUGCCUCAAUCUCAAGAUGAUUGUUCAUGUGUCCACCGCUUAUGUAUGUGGCGACAAAACCGGAAGUGUGCUAGAAACCCCAUUCCGCCUAGAGGAAACUUGCUUGGACAUUGAUGAAGAAAAGAAGGUUAUAGAGGAGAGAUUAUUAGAACUCAAAGCCCUAAACGCAACUGAAAAACAAGUCAGGGUGGCCAUGAAAUCUUUGGGAAUAGAAAGGGCAAAGGUGCAUGGAUGGCCAAACACUUACUCAUUCACAAAGGCUAUGGGGGAAAUGUUGUUACUAAAGUAUAAGGAGAAUCUAUGUGUUGUCACGUUGCGCCCAACAAUUAUUACAAGCACUUACAAAGAGCCUUUUCCUGGAUGGAUUGAAGGCGCAAGGACCAUGGAUGUCUUUGUAUUGAUGUAUGGUAAGGGAAAAUCGAAUUUCAUGUUGGGUGAUCCGAACUCCAUACUCGAUGCGAUUCCAGGAGACAUGGUGGUGAACUCCAUACUGGCGGCAGUUGCGCACCACGAAAGCCAUGGCGAUCACGACCAGCACAAGAAAUAUAGUGACGAAGAGUUGAUAUACCACGUCGGCUCUUCUUCUACCAACCCACUGACGAUUCUCGACCUCGGGAAUUAUUUAUCGACCUAUUUCACUCACAAUCCUUGGAUUACAAAGACUGGGGAGGUUGUCAAAGUGAGCAAACCUAUGUUGCUCACCAGCUUGAAAGAACUCAGAAGAUACAUUUCCAUUCGUUAUCUCCCUAUCCUUACGGUCUUGAAGUUGUUGAACGUGGUCCUAUUUCAUUAUUUCGAAGAGAAGUGUGUGAUCGUUGAGAAAAAUAUCAAUUUGGUCAUGCGUCUUGCGGAUCUCUACACCCCAUACUUGUUCUUCUAUGGAAGCUUUGAUGACACGAACACGAGAAGAUUGAGGAAGGCUAUUGCUGAAACGAGUGUGGCGGAAACCCUAUAUUUCGACGCACAAGGCAUCGUUUGGGAAGAUUAUUUCAAUAACACCCACAUUCCCGGAGUUGUAAAAUUUGCCUUCUAAUAAUUAAUAUUAAUGCUUGGAGGGUGAUUAUAUUGUUAUCACUCCGAAAUUAAUUGUUUUACCAUUUGUCCAAAAUCUGUACGUGUAAUUGGCCAGGUUGGCGACUUUUGAAGUUAUAAGUAAUGAAUUAAUCUCAAUUUA